AUGCCCAAAGAACCUGUUGUCGCAAUAUUUGUCCAUGCCGGUGCAGGCUAUCAUAGCCUUUUGAACGAGAAGCUGCAUCUUGAAGCAUGCAAUCAAGCUGCUCGUGUGGGCAUGACCUUUCUCAGGGCUGGCUCCUCAGCAACCGAAGCCGUUGAAGUUGCCAUCAGAUGCCUCGAGGAGAAUGAAGUUACGAAUGCUGGUUUCGGAAGCAACCUAAACAUCGAUGGCGUUGUCGAAUGUGAUGCAACCAUCGUCGAUCACUUGGGCCGAAGUGGCGCUUGUGGUGCCGCCCCGGGCAUCAAACAUCCAAUCUCCCUAGCCAAGGCAAUACUGGACGGGAGCGUCAAGCCUCUUUCACUCGAUCGACCUCCGCCCAACAUACUGGUGGGCCAAGGAGCCAAGGACUAUGCCGAGAAACACAGAAUAGCCAUCGUUUCUAACAGAUCUCUAACCUCAAAGAGCUCGAUGGAACGUUAUCUUCGACUAAAGCACCAGUUGAAGAAGGCAGAGAAGGCAGAGAAGGCAGAAGCCAAAAGCAACCAAAACUCAAUAACCGUGGGCGGGCAUGGGAAGGCUAUGAACGCCACUGGUGAUGGGCAGCAUUGGAACUUCUCAAUUUCUACUUUGAACGGUGCUGGCAAUCAAGAUCAAUCCGAAUUCCCUGAUACUGGAUACUUACAUCCAGUGACAGCUGCUGCUUCGCCCGGGGCACACGGGAAUCCGCUCGCACACACGGCUGUGGACAAUGCGCCCCCCCUAUCAGCUCCAGUGUGGGACGGGUCAGUAACUGCGGGCGGUAGUGAAGAGCAUUCCGCGGAUGAUUUCGGCACAUGUGAGAUCGAUGGAGUUGACGCCACAAGCGACAAGGAACAUGGUGGGCCCUCGUGUGCAGAGGACCAUAGAACUCAGCUCCCUGGAAGCAUACCAGAUAGGGACGCCGUGACUGACACAGUUGGCGCAAUUGCCAUCGACAUUCAUGGGAACAUUGCCGCUGGUUCAUCGUCUGGGGGGAUAGGGAUGAAGCUUAGAGGCCGCCUUGGGCCUGCCGCACUGGUAGGCGUCGGCACGGCCGUUGUGCCCCAAGACCCCGACGAUGAGCUGGCGACAACGGUCGCUGCUGUUACCAGCGGGACUGGAGAGCAGAUGGCGACGACUCUCGCUUCAGGCAAGUGCGCAGAACGCCUGUACCGAAGUACGCGCCGCGGGCCGGGCGGGCAGGAUAUCAGAGAAGAAGAUGAGCACGUUGUCUUGGAGUCUUUCAUCCUUCAUGAUUUCCUGGGGCAUCCUGGAGUCAGAAGCGUACCGUCGCCGGCGGCCAUCGGGGUCAUGGCUGUCAAGAAGGAUCGGGGCAGCCUUUACUUCUACUUUGCCCACAACACGGACUCGUUUGCGCUGGCCACCAUGUCGUCCUUGGACCGAGAGCCGCUCUGUGUGAUGUCGCGCCGCGGCGACGCUACAGAGGUCGCCCAAGGCGCGCGGAAAAUCCGUCUACAAUAA